AUGUGGCCUAUACUAUUACAGUUCUUACGGACGAAUGCACCGUACAUUACAUUACCCAUAGCUGCGGUUGUUGGCGUAAUAGGUUAUAAUUUAGAAGGUUUUUUGUCAGAUAGAUACACACCUUAUUCAAAACCAGUUCAGGAUCAAAGAUUAGAAAGGUUAGAAGAAGAAUUAUUAAAAGACCCUACAAAUGUACAAAAAUUAAAAUACAAGGAAAAUGUUUUGGGGAAGAAUGUUUCUCCUUCACUUCAAAAUAAUUAG